UGAUAGACGCGUCCAUCCACCAAUCAAAACCUGCCGUGUGCGCAUCCCUCCAACCGAUUUCCACUGUAGUCAUUUUUAUUGUAUCCGCUUGGCUGUUGCGCGGUACCCAAAUACCCUUGUAGAAACCUGAAUCGGAGCAACGAUGGUGAAGAUUUUCAUUGGAAACCUGUCCCAGCACACUGAGAAGGAUGAAAUUGAAGCUCUUUUCACGCAGUAUGGCACAGUGACAGAGUGUGCCAAGUACAAAAACUAUGCGUUUGUGCACAUGGAUGACAGAAAGUCUGCUACCAAAGCCAUCCGGGAGCUCCAUCUCUACAAGCUGAACGGCAGGCCCAUCAAUGUGGAGCCCAGCAGAGGGAAGAACCAGGGCCCCGUGAAGCUCCACAUAGCCAAUGUAGAAAAGGGCUUCGACAAAGAGCUCCGUGAGCUCUUCGAGGAGUAUGGCACAGUCACAGAGUGCGCCAUCGUCAAGAAUUUUGCCUUCGUGCACAUGUCCAAUUCUGAUGAGGCCAUGGAUGCCAUACAGGGCCUGGAUAACACAGAGUUUCAAGGGAAGCGCAUACACGUUCAGAUUUCAAAAAGCAGACCCAGGGGGGCACCUGAGGAGGAGGACUAUCCGCCUCCGCCUGGCAGAGAAGGCUAUUAUCCUCCUCGUUAUCCAGUGGAGAGGCCAGAGCCUCCCUACAGAGGUCGCAUGUCCGCUUACCCUCCUCCUCCGCCGCCGCCCCCUCCCCCGAGACGAGCAGCAGCUUAUCCCGACCGUGCCUAUGCCGAGCGAGAUCCCAGGGUGUUUGAUUUCUAUGAGAAAUACAGAGCUCGUCCCUACAGCUCCACAGGGUACGACGACAGGCGCACCAGUGCCAUCCCCCCGCCUCCGCCUCCUCCCUCGGCACUGGUUAGAGAGCGUCUCGGAAUGGGGUCAGUUGACCCGUAUGACCGCCGCCCGCUCCCCACUGCUCCGACUUACAUGGCCAGGGACCGAAGCCCCAUCAGAAGAGCCCCCCCUCCGCCUGCUCCGGCUGGUAACGGCUACUCCUAUGAGCGGUCUCGGCUCUCACCAAUGUCCAGGGCUCCGAUGUACGCAGCGCCGCGCCCCAGGGAUUCUUAUGCGGACAGAGUGCCGCCUCCGCCACCACCACCACCUCGCUAUGCAGGCUAUUAGGCGCCAAGAGUAUAAAACAAGGUUUAGAAUAUGACAAGAUCGUCGUUGUCUGCUGAUGCACGUGGCGCUAUACACCCCCCACAUCUAUGGCGGAUUGCGUUGCGUUCGCCUGAGACUUACUGGAAGAUACUGUAUUGCGGACAGCCCCGUAUUUUAAAAACAUCCGAUUUCCAUGUUUACAGCUCCUCUGAGCUGUUCAUGCCUUUUCUGUUCCUCUGCUUGUUUUACUGUUCAAAUCCUGUUUUGCAAAUUAGGUGCUUAGACUAUUCCAGUGUGACGCAGUACUGUUUAUGGCCAAAAAACAAACUACACACUCUUGCUUUUUAAUCUGUCUGAUAUGGCCUCUGGGAAACUGUGACAUAUUUUCAUAACAAGGGAAUUCAUUUAAAUAGAAAUAUAUUUAGUCUUUGUAAACAAAUUAUUGUAUUUAGACGAGGAUGUUGGUUCACUUUAAAAUGCUCAUCAAUCAAUAGAGAAGUGCUUUAAUGGAAUACUUGGUGUGGGAGGUUGUACAAUAAUCUUUAAGAUUUGCGACAUGUUAGCAUGACAUCAAAAGUUCCAGUGUGGUUUUGUUCUUUUUACACUUUGUUCUUUUUUCUUGCGACAGUAGAACCUCUAGUACCAUAAUGUAUGAUUUUACUUACUUUUAAGGUUGCUUUUUUUGAAAGGCUUUUUAAUAAACAAAUGAAACCAAAGCUGUGACGUUAUUCCUCGCUGCGUUGGCCUUUUAGCAUAAUGACUGAGCAGACAGUCACUCAGCUGAUAGAUUUAGGCGUUUUACUCUUCACACCCUUCAUAGUUAUCAGCUUGACACAUGGUAGGUGUUGUUUCCUCAGCGCCUGGCUGGAAAAUACGAGACUUCAAGUCUUUGUGAAGCUACUCCCAAUCUGCAUUCUGGUGAAAACUGUGCAAUGUGAAAAAAAAUCCAAGUUUUGAGCGACUUAACAAAGAUAAAAACUAAUACUUGUUUCCAGUUAAAAUUGCAAUUAACCAAAAGUCGGCACAGUUUAUGGACUGUAGCUGUCCACAAGCCAAGUAAUGACCCAAAAAAAAGGCCCAAGAACCUCUUAGUUUCGUUUCCUGUGUUGUUCUUAAGUCCCUCGGCUGCUACGUCUUAUCAGCGACCUACAGAGAGCUGCAUCUUUCCUCAAAACACAUCCCCCACUAUCUGCCUGGAGUUGUUUUCCUAGAAGCAGAUCAAUAGUUAAUUGAGCUUUACGUCGACCCAUGUUUCUGUUGUGUUGCAACAGCUGUUCAAAAGUCCUGAUUUGCAGUAACUUCACACUACACAUUAGCAACACUUGUCAUCACUGUGUUAACAUUUAUAACUUGUAUAUAUGUGCCACAAAUUGCAUGCAGGCUCGGUAUUCUUAGUAUUUGUGCUCUUUGUAGGUUGUUAGACUAUGCAGGAGAUGCCUGCUCAUGGUAAGUCAUCCUUGGAAGAUGUCCAGCAUCCUGAAGAAAAAGAGGUAGAUACUGUUUGCACCAUACUUCUUUACUUUGAUUAAAUUAUCUCCUCUUGUGUGUUAAAAUUCAAAGUUAAAAAGGUCAAAUGUUUUUGUUUAAAUAUGGAAGAUGCACUAAUCCAAUAAGGAUUCAUUAACGAACCUCAUGGGGGGGGGAGCAACUUUUAGUCACUACCUGUAAAUUAUUGCUUCAUUUUCCUGUGACAUUUUUACUGUGCCUUAUUCAGAAUUAUCACUGUACCCAAAGUAGAACGUACUAAAAUAUUAAAUUGUUUGAGUUCAUAAAUGAAGCAUCAUUGAGUCUGUGUUUUUGUUCACAGGCUUGUCUUCCCUCUGAAGGCUGCACCAGAUUAAAAGGAGAUUACAAGCUGGAUAAGGUGUGAUCAAAGGGAGUGUGUUUGAUCCUCCAGUGAAACUUUGGCCCGUUGGUUGUUAAGCCCGAGGGGAUAUGCCAGCCUUGGAGAAACAUACGUGGUUGCAUGUUUGCAGCUGAUGCCGUCAAAACAAGUCUUUCUUUUGGAGAAAGAAGAAAACCGAUCAGUCCUACGGGUCACAUUUAGGAUCGAUUCUUAUUGACUCGAGAUUUCUGAGACUUUACAGAAACUCUGACAGACGGAGUUGGAAUGUGGUGUUUUCUCUGACACUGUUUCAGACAGUUCACAUGACUUGGAAUGUUUACAUAACAUCUCAUCUCUGUAUGACCUUUUGCACAAAAAUGUUACCUUCAGUUUCUGUCUUAUCUGUAGAUUUAUGUCAUGAAGAUGAUACUACAUGGACAUGCAAGAAUUUGUAGCCCGUUUUCUUUUUCUAAAUUACAUUUUCUAAGUCUUAAUAAAUAAGCUAUUUGUAUUCAGAA